ACGGCGAAUGGACUUGCCCGGCACGCGUACAGGUAAAAAGGCUGUUUUCUCGGUGUAAGUACGGAUACCUCCAGUGCCUUCGGUGUGGUGCAUAUCGUGUACGGAUUCUUUAGCCUACAGACAAAAUGAGCGGCCUUUCUGAAGGAGAAAUUGAAGAUGCCCGUGAGGUGUUCGACCUGUUCGACUUCUGGGACGGUCGUGACGGUGAGGUAGACGCCUUCAAGCUAGGCGACCUCCUCCGCUGCCUUGGCCGCAACCCCACCAACGCCGUCAUUUCCAAACACGGCGGCACCCAGAAGAUGGGAGAGAAAUCCUACAAAUUCGAAGAGUUCAUUCCCCUGUACAAGGAACUGCUCCAGGAGAAAGACACCGGUACCUUCGCCGACUUCAUGGAGGCCUUCAAGACUUUCGACCGCGAGGGACAGGGAUUCAUUUCCGGCGCCGAGCUCAGACACCUCCUUACCUCCCUUGGCGAGAAGCUGACGGACUUGGAAGUAGACGACAUCUUGAAGCACAUCGACCUCACCGAGGAUCUGGAAGGAAACGUGAAAUACGAGGAAUGCAUCAACAAAGUCAUGGCCGGACCCAACUAAGUCUACAGAAAAAUAACAAAUUUGACUUUUAAAAUACAAACAAACAUCAAUAAUCAUCUCAUUGACCAAUGGCUUUGAGAAAGAGUGCAUUUUUAACAUCUUUGAUGUUAUUUGAUUUCAUGCUCAAACAUUCUUGACUUCCCCCAAACAAAGGAGCUCCUAAUUUUGUAGGCAAGGAACGAUUUUAUAGGUCACGUGACCGCCCAUGUAUAACAUCUUUGUGAUGAGCUUUUCGAACCUCUAAAAAUGUAUCAACCUGAUUUUUGUUUUAAAUGAAGAAGAAAAAAAACACCGUAAAAUCGUUCCUGCAACGAGUGAUUGAUAUUUAAAUUCAGUUUCGUAUGGAGUUUUGUAAUUGUAUUACAUACUUUGUUGAUUGUUUUUAUUUAAUCGAUUAUUUAUUAAUAUUUAAAUUGCUAUUUAAGAACCAUCUUUAACCGGCGCCGGUUACAGAUUGUCAGGUGUGAUGUUAACCAAGUGGCCCCAAAAGCCACGUGGUCUCUGUCACAUGAUUGUCUGUCUUAUCUGUGAUUGGUGUAAAUUUUGUCUUGCAAAACGAGGACUCGCUGUUAAAAAUGAUUAUCCCAUUUUUGUAUCCUCGAAAAUGUUUAAAAAGCGAAGCGAAUAAUAUAUAUAUAUUUUCCCGAA